UUCUAAGUCUCCGAUGCUCAGUCCAAGUUGAAGCUUGGGCCAUCACUUUCAAACCUAUACCAAAAACCAAUAUAUAUAUACAACCUGAACUUGUUGCAUGAUAUUCACCCAAAUAGCAUAAACAAACAAACAAUAGACUUCAUUACUAGACUUUCUACUAAUUCCCUUCGUAUCUAUCUGCUCAAAUAUAAUGUCUCUUGGCAAAAAGCUAACCAAUGGCACAACUCACACUACCUGCAGCAACCAUUUGCCCAAACGCAUAAUCCUAGUCCGACAUGGUGAAUGUUUAGCAAAUACUGACAUUAACGUCUACGGAACAACCCCAAAUCACAAAAUUGAACUGACCCAAAAAGGGAUUGAGCAAGCCAAGCAAACUGGCUCCCUCAUCAAGAAACUGAUCACUUCUGAAAAUGCUGUUGAAUCUAACAAUUGGAAGGUCUUCUUCUAUGUUUCACCUGCAGAGCGCACCAGAAGGACGUUGAGAGAGAUCGGCCAGUCGUUCCCGAAAAGGAAAGUGAUGGGAGUGAAGGAAGAGUACAGGCUCAGAGAAUUGAGUUUUGGUAACUAUCAUGACCCUGCAAGUAUUGCAAAGGUUAAAGAGGAACGAGUGACGUACGGGAGGUUUUAUUAUAGAGUUACUGGAGGUGAAACUGGGGCUGAAGUUUAUGACCGCAUAUCAAGUUUUGUUGAAUGCUUAAGGAGGGACAUAGAGAUGAAGAAGUUUUGUGAGGAUCCAUCUCAAGAGACCAACAUCAUAAUUGUUACACAUGGACUGAGCAGUCGCAUCUUUCUAAUGAAAUGGUUCGAGUGGACUAUUGAGCAGUUUGAGGAUCUUAACAGGAUGAGAACUUGUGAAUUUCAAGUGCUGCAAUUAGGGCAGGGAGGGGAAUACAGCCUAGCAUUUCAUCACGACGAUAAGAAGCUCAAGGAAUGGGGAUUAUCCCUUGACAUGAUAGAGGAUCAGAAACGUAGAGCUUAUGGCCCUAUUCUUAAUUCUCUGGAACUUUGUGAUUUAGUAUAUCCUUACAUGGAUUGCUUUGCACAAGAUUCAGAUGAAGAGAAUACUAUUAUCUAGUCCUUUUAAGGAUAUCUCUACUGAUGGAGUAGCUCUAUAUUAUACUUAUGUAAACAAUAAGAUUUUUAACAACUAAAAGUCUCUCUCUUUUUUGUCUUUUUCUUUUUUC